UUUAGAGUACAGUGCUUGUUGAUUUGUACAUGUGGUUCCAAAGCGUGAAGUUAGUGCUUCUCUCUCUCAGGCAGGGACUCUCAUGAUACACAAAGGUCUGUGCUCGAUCAGCGUUCACAGGAGGUUUUUAAAUCUGGAAUAUAUCUAUCAUCAUAGACCUUUUACUGUGGAUAUAUUGCUAUAAUUUUUGUAGUUACCAAUCAUCCCCAAAUUUGAGGAGGACAAAGCAGCAUCUCCAGGUAGCAACCAAGAGGGCGCCAGCACAUCUGCAAUCAUGGAGGGAGCCGCUGCAGAGCCAGAAGUAUACACCAACGGGACCGACACCCUGGACGUCGCGGAUCACGACGACAUCUUCGAUGUAAAUGGGAGCGCGGAGAUCACGCAGACGGAUGACGAGUUUGAGAACAACGAGCGGAUGAUGGAAGAAGAGGAUGCAAUUACAAAGAAAGAAUUUGCCGAGGUGGAAGAUAUUUUUCAGAACGACAAUCAUGUGAUUGACACCAAUGUUAUUGAAAAUGAAAAGGUGAGCAAAGCGAAAGAAGAAGUGGAAGAUAUUUUUGGAGAUGACCUCCACGUUGAAGAGGAGGAGGAGGAGGAGGAGGAGCACGAUUAUGAACCUAUAUUUACGGCAGACGCAAGAGAAGAAGAAACCGUCAUAAAAAUCACAGAUGUAGAUGCAGAGAGGUCAAAUCCUGAGGUCACCUUGGAACCUGAGGGGACUUUGGACAAUGAGGCAGAUACGUCUGAGCAUGAUUUACCCUUUCCUGAUAUGCCCAGGAAAAGUGAUAUUUCCCUCAACUGGGAGGAAGUAGUGGAGGAGGAGCAGAAGAAGAAGCAGGACUCAGCUCCCACCCCACCACCCACAGACAUUGAUGCCCCUUCUUCCCUUGCUGCAGGGCAGGAAGAAGAAAUAGACGAGGGUGAAGUGGCCAAAUUCGUAGAGAAGAUCUUGAUCAGUUCAAUGAAUGAAGUGUCUAGCCAAGCGGAGGAGCAGGAAAGUGAAAGUCAAAUUGAAAAUGUUGUGGAGGUUCAAGUGAGUGAGCCCGCAUUCGAAGCCCCUGAGACAACAGUUGAGUCAGACAAUGUUCUGUCCCUGGAGAUGGGGCCGGAGAAGGUUGAUGUUGAUGUUGUCGAUGAGCCAGCUGAAAAAGAGGACUACUCAGUCAGCAUCAAAGCUCCGGCCAGUGAACAUGCUGACAUCAAUGGACUUGCAAAAGAUCAUAAUGGUGAUGAUAGAGAAGUAGGAAUCCACACUGCUGUUCCUGUGGGUGUAGUGGAGGUAGCAGCGGAAGUGGAGGAUGUCGUUAAAGACAGUCAAGCAACAGAUAAUACGGACAGUCCAGCUGCAAGUUUUAAGGACACUCAAGGUGCAGAUUUUAAGUACAGUCCUGCUGUAGAGGCAUCAGCAACAUUUGAUAAGACUGAAGAGCCCAGGAAAACGCCCGACUACAAUAUUUCUGUAGAGAGCAAACCAGAGGUCGAUGUCACCAAGAGCAUGGAGUCGAGCGAGGGUCGACAACGCAAGAUGUCUGUUCCCAGACCAAGGGAUGUCAGGAAAGACCUCUCACAAGCCCGUCCAAGCUUCUUUGGCUCCAACACUUCAGGUCCAAAGCCCUUCAUGUCCAAUACCCUACCUAGGGUGAGUGUCCUUCCAAAGAUCAGCACAUCAUACCAGCGCAAGUCACCAACAUCACCCAUGUCUCUAUCUGGAGAUUACUCCAGCUUUAACAAGGGUGCAGAAGAGCUUCCUACAGUGGCUGGACCAGAUUUGAGUAAGGACGACAGUCCAGUCAUCAAUGAACUGGGUACCAUUGAGCUUCCUCUUAUUGAAACACUGUCCAAACCAUCAUCGCCGAAAGCAGCAACUGCGUCAAUAGACAUGGUAGAUCAUGACUAUGUUGUCCCAUCGGAGGAGACCAAGGUAGAGUCUGGUCCCAUGGCACCUGUCUAUGCUCACAAAGGUGUCGGAAAAGAUCCUAUCAUCUUGGAUGGCACAACUCCUGAAGAAAUCGAAUCCAUGUUUGCCAAAGACCCAGAGGAGGAGGAGCCCAAAAAGAAGAGCAUGGGGAAGGAUGAUGUCCUGGCAUCAACACGAGUAAGGAAGGUCUCCAGACAAACAUGGAAGGGCCAAGUUGAGUUCCAGAAGUCAGUGGACAAGUCUUCCGUUGUCCUUGAUCAGUCGCAGGCUGCCAGCUUAAAGAGAUAUGAGGAACGAAAGAAGAAUAGAUUUGAUACUUUUUCAGGAAAGUACAGAGCUCGUGAGGACUCUACGUCAGAGGCUGAAUCUGAAGGAAGCCAGUCAUCGCAGAGUGGACCCAAAAUGCCAGAUGUUGUCCAGUCGGGAGGAAAGGUCUCUAGUCAUGCCCAUCCAGAUUCAGAAAUAGUUGCGCCCAAGCUGAACAUGAAAUCUGUUCGCUCUCUCUGGGAGCAGAAGGCUGCUGAAGUAGAGCAACGCAGACGUUCCCUACAGACCAAGAGUCGGCCAGUGUCCCAAGGAGAGAGGGCUAGACCAUCCCACUCAAAGGGUAUCAACAAGUCUGUUGAUGGCCUAGACAACUUAGAUGACAGCAUUGAAGGCAGCACAACUUACUCCUACGAUGGAACAUCCGAUGAUGGUUCUACCAAGAGGGAAAGUUUGAUCGAGAGGGACAUUCGCCUACAGAAAGAACGUACCCUGGAGAUUUCAAAAGAAAGGGAUCGUCUGCGAUCGGAAUCCACCUCCUCAAGAGAUGAGAGUCAGCAGUCGGAGACGUCAGAGAGUCAGGAUGACCAGCUUGUGGACAUUGUCCGCGAUACCGAGCUGAGAAGAGACUCGGACGACGGGAGAUCGUCACCGAGUCAGAGCAGUGGGUAUACGUCGGGUCGUUCCACACCGUCGACCCCCGCUGGGGAUGACAUCCUGAAGGUCAAGACUGGAAAGUCCUUGGGAAAGACACCUGAGCUGAAGAUGUCGCUGUCACCCACUGACCCAGAGGCCAGCUCGAUCAACUACAAGGAGUACCAGAAGGCACUCAAGGGAUCCAAGGCUGAUGGGAAGUUCUCCAAAAGUGCUACCUUCCCAAGAAGAAUGGAAAACUAUGACAAACAGGCCGAAUCUUCAGGUGUCUCGCCGACAAACAGCGUAGGAGACGUCCCUGACGUGAUCAUGGUGGACGGUAACAAGACGACCUCACCAACGGGAGACAAACCCAGGAAGGCCAGCAUCGUCCAGCAGGGAAUCAAACUCUCACAGAAUCUGGAGAAGAAGAAGAUUGUAAAACUAGAGAAGAAACCAAGACGCUCGUUGAUGGAGCUGGAGAUUGCAGCUCAGCGUGAGAAGGAGGAGGCGUUCCGCAAAGAGCAAAAAACCCGGAAGAUGAGCACUUCCAAGUCCGUCGGCGACGAGGCCCAGCCCGACUCCUCCCCCGCGUCAUCGACCACCUCUUCGCCCAAUUCGUCGCCCAGGAAAACUUCAACAUCAGUAUCAGGUUCCUCAGCCAAGCAGGUUUAUAAGGAUCUGAAUUACGCUCCCCACACGAACAAGAAGAAGCUGGCCCUCGCUGGGCAUUGGGAACACAAGUGGAAGUGAAUUAUUCUGCGCAUCGUUAUGUCACUGUAACAGUAACGCUACACGAGGGGGCUAUUCGUGCUAUAUCACUUCAAAUGUGUGCUCCACCCGCUUGUGAGAGGCAUUAGCUAUCCUUUAAAAAAAAAAAAAGAAGACAUUAUUAUAAUACAGGUGGGACUGAGGAUAGAUGCAAUGACAAGAUAAAGGAGUUGGUGGUGGCGAUGUGGGGUAGGCGUGCGCCCUUCCCCCCAUGUACAGUAUACGCUAAUCGCGCGUUAAGAGUCUCACCAUGCACAUGGAGCAGAGCUGACAGAGAAAUGAAUGCGUGGGACUGAUAGAGGCACUCCCCGCAGGAGAUGAAUAUUGAGUUAUGUAUCGACAGAGGCCUGCAGGAGAUAGCGUCUGACGUCUCCUUAAUGUGCUGCUAAAAGAGAACAUUAUCGCCUGCUUCACAUUGAUUGCAUGAUAUCAUAGCACAUUGAGCGAUGUUGCAGCAGCUGCUCCGUGACUUAAUUUCCGCCGACAUUUCUCCUCCAAAAGUCCAAACCGUCAAACCUGUUUAGCAUGUGCUUCCUCAGUGCACCCAUCAUAGAGCUAGAACUGCUGCAGUAUAUUUCAUUUUCCGACAUCUCAAUCCCGAUUCAUCGAAACUCAGGACCAAAUUAUUUCUCUACCGGAGCAUGCAGUGUGCUCAUGUCAUCAUCUGUAACUGUUGUAUUGUAUCAUCAUCAGUAUUGGUGUGCGUCCGUUUGUACAGAAAGAUCACUCAGCACCUGCAGCUGUACAGUUUAAUCAAAGAAUGUUGUUUAUCUUGCUUGUUUCUGUGUAUAUAUUUCUUUGAGUUGAAUGCCAACAAGUUUUAUUGAGCAGUAUUUCAAAUAAAAAAAAAUCGAAACAAAUCUCAAAGAGCUUUAAAACAAAAGGCAACAGAUACUGUACAUAUACUGUGAUAUAUGCAUGUAUCUUCACAUUGUCAGUUUUAUCAUUAAAAAUCAUGCCAUGAUUUAAACUCUUUAGAUGUGAAAGCUUUUUUUUCCAAGCUGAAAUGCAUCUCUGUGGCUAAUCGAUUGCGUAACUCAUCCACAGACAGAAAGGUGGAAGUUUGAAAUGACUUCAUUGUCUUUCUGGCUCUAAGACUUUUGAUGUGUAUAUUUUCCUAAGCUAG